GAACAGGACUCAUUCGAUCAGCUCAGGAUUGUAACUAUAACUGCGAAAGAAGCGUCUAAUAACCUGAAAGGUAAUCUCAGGGACAGACAGCAGUAAUUGAGUAAGUUACUCAGUAACUGUUGAGAUGGAACCUCAGAAGAAAACCGUGGAUGAGGAAUUGAAAGAGUUAUUCCAUGCAUUUAAAGAUAAAGAAGCUUUGAAUAAACCCUGGGACUUCCGAACGUGGGACAUCGAACAGAAAUAUUUUUUCUUUGAGAAAAAUCAACUGAUAGCAGCCCCGCUGGAUUUUAGAUCAUCAGUACAGUUGAUGGCUGUGGUCCCCAACAACAACUUAGAGAUCAGAAAACGACCCAUCUUUUUGGGACUCACUGAUAAACGCCUGGUCUUGGCCGGUCAGUUGUCAGUUAAUGAUGAACCUCAACUAGUGAUAUUGGAAGACGACAUCAUGGAUCUUUAUAGAAGCACUAACGAAUCAAAGAAUUAUUCUUUCUACGUGGUCACUAAAUGCAGUAGAAUGACUUGCUGCUUUGAAUCUGUAGCUUUCCCUGGUUGGUUUUUAUGUACCUCAGUUCAACCAAACAUGCCUCUUGGUCUUUGUAAAGCAGGAGAUCCUAAGAUCAUUUUGUUCCAUUUCCUAAACGUUUCUUCCACUCCAAAGCUUUUGCAAUGAUAAAGUAAGUAAUAGUAAUGUUUUGAUUAAAAAUGGAAUAUCGAAUUGCGAGUAAAUUCUGAAUUGCCUCUUAGUAUUGUUUUAUUUUUGGCCUCCAAGGACUAUGGAAGACGUAACAUGGCAAUGCUGAUGGAAGAGGUGGAGCCAAAGCUGAUUCCUUGUCUGUAACACAACCUGGAUGCAUUUAGUUUUGAUUCAGUAAGAACAGAAAUGAAAAUAAAAACCUGAAAUAAAAACCAGUUUCGGCGUUUUGUUGUCAAGUUUCAACAAUGUCACUAGGGGCGAGGACCUAUCCUUAGAUCUUCUCUUAGAUUCAGGUAAAAUACAUGUAAGAAGCAGAAGGCUGCAUAUAGGCUGUUCUUCCCAUACUUAAUUGGCGUCUAGUAGGAAAGAAAUAUUUUGAGCAAAACGAUAAGGUACAGAGUACCCUUGUCACGGAAAAGUGCCCGACUGAUAUUUUUCUUUCUUGGAGAAGAAGAAAAUGGAGAAACCCUUCAAUUUUAUAAAUUGUCUCUCUCUAAGCUAAUUCUUUUCAUACAAUAAGCUUACAGCAAACUUGCUACCAACCAAGUGAUAUUACGACUAGAGAUAGUUCCCGGGAAAGAGGGCUGAUCCAUUUUCUCUCUCAAACAUUUUUGUCAUGCACAGAGAGAUAUAAGGCAGACUUUGCUGUCUAUAUCAGAAACCACACAAUUUGUGAAAUCUGACCAUUGCAAGACCCGUUCUUCCACAACUAGGAGUCUGCAUACUUUAAAUGCAUGCAUGGACACAAACACACAGUUGUUUUUGCUUGAAGUGCUUCUAAGGACAAUUCUUCUCCAAAAUGAUAAGAGGAAAUACACUUAAAUAUUCUUUAAUGCUUUCAGAUGAGGAAAUUCUUGCAAAACAAAUAUUUUGCAUUGUCUAAUUCAUUCUUUAAAGAAGAAAAAGCUUAACACCCAACUGUGGGAUCAUUUCCCAUUUUCCACUCACCUAUCGAAGGCACACCCACCAGUGUCACUGAGUGACUAUAAAUGGUGCAAAAUCUCGGAGGUGGGCACAGAGAAAGAUCCUUCAGCCAAAGAAAAAUUGUUACACCAGGACAGGUACAAACUUCUUAAUUAUACUUUUGGACAUUCUUUCCAUGUCUAUGUCCAGGGCUAAGUAAUUCCAUAGUGCUAACUUCUUUCCUGGCCAAUUUUGCCAUCUAUUAUUGUGAUCAUCUGAGGAUCA